CCGCCCCUCGAGGCGCGCCAACUGUCCGCCCCUGCCCCCUCGUGCGCCGAGACGUGAGGACGCCGGCGUCGUAGGCUGAGGUGGCAGCUGUCCCGCAGUCAUGGAGCUUCCGCAGAUGCCGGAGCUGAUGGGGCUGUCCCUCCUGGUGGGGCUGCUGGCCCUGGUGGCCACAGCGGCCGUGGCGCGGGGCUGGUUGCGGGCCGAGGAGAAGCCCAGCCAGCCGGUCUGCCAGAAAGAAAAGGAAUCCAAGAAGUCAGGAUCCAAGAAGCAGAAACAGAAUCAGCGGGUUCGGAAGGAGAAGCCUCAUCAGCACAGUUUCACGCACCCUCUUCUGGCCGCAGCGCUGAAGAGUCACAGUGGGAAUAUAUCUUGCAUGGACUUCAGCAGCAACGGCAAGUAUCUGGCCACCUGUGCAGAUGACCGCACUGUCCGUAUCUGGAGCACCAAAGAUUUCCUUCAGCGGGAACACCGCAGCAUGAGAGCCAAUGUGGAGCUGGACCAUGCCACCUUGGUGCGCUUCAGCCCUGACUGCAGAGCCUUCAUUGUUUGGCUGGCCAAUGGAGACACCCUCCGUGUUUAUAAGAUGGCCAAGCGAGAAGAUGGGGGCUUUACUUUCACGGCCACACCAGAAGAUUUCCCUAAAAAACACAAGGCGCCCAUUAUCAACAUCGGCAUUGCUGACACCGGGAAGUUCAUCAUGACCGCCUCCAGUGACACAACUGUCCUCAUAUGGAAUCUGAAAGGUCAGGUGCUGUCCACAAUCAACACCAACCAGAUGAACAACAGUCACGCUGUUAUCUCCCCGUGUAGCAGGUUUGUGGGUUCGUGUGGCUUCACCCCAGAUGUGAAGGUCUGGGAAGUCUGCUUCGGGAAGAAAGGAGAGUUCCAGGAGGUGCUGCGAGCCUUUGAGCUGAAGGGUCACUCUGCAUCUGUGCACUCGUUCGCUUUCUCCAACGACUCUCGGCGGAUGGCCUCUGUCUCCAAGGAUGGCACAUGGAAGCUAUGGGACACAGAUGUGGAAUACAAGAAGCAGCAGGACCCCUACUUGCUACGGACAGGCCGCUUUGAUGAGGCGAGCACCAUGCCUUGCCACCUGGCACUCUCCCCAGACACCCAUGUCCUGGCCUUGGCCACUGGCACCAGUAUUCAUCUCUUCAACACUCGGCGUGGGGAGAAGGAGGAGUACUUCGAGGGUGUCCAUGGGGAGUGCAUUGCUGACUUGACUUUUGACAUCACUGGCCGCUUCCUGGCCUCCUGCGGGGACCGUGCAGUGCGGCUCUUCCACAACGCCCCUGGCCACCGAGCUGUGGUGGAGGAGAUGCAGGGCCUCCUGAAGCGGGCUGCCAGCGAAAGUACCCGCCAGAGGCUGCAGCAGCAACUGACCCAGGCCCAAGAAACCCUAAAGAGCCUGGGUGCCCUGAAGAAGUGACUCUGGCUCUGGGUGGGCCUGGCUGCCUGCCCCCAGCGGCUGCUGCUUCCCAGGUACCCCUGGGAUGGAGACCUAGAGGAACCUCCCAGUUUUCUUUCUGGUGACCCCUACUUUUCCCUAUUGAAACUAUUCUUGCAUACUCAGAUCUUUCUCUCUCUGUCUCUCUCUUCUUGUUUGACUCUUCCCAGACUGAAAGGUGCUGUUUUCUCACAGGCCCUAGUGGUAGAAUCUAUCUUCACUUAGCACUGAGAAGAGGAGUAGAGAGAAGACAGACAGAGCAAAAUCUUUGACUGUUUGGCAAAAGACCCUGACAUCCAAAGAAGUUUGUCAGUGUAGUGGUAAAACCCUAGGGUCACCAGGGACAAGUUGUUUUAUAAGACUUCAGAAUGUGUUUUAUAAUGCUGCAAGGGGAGCCUCCAUCUGGACCAGGCUCCUGAUAGCAGCAAGAAGUAAUUAAGGACUGGUCUUUGUUGGCAUUGGUCUGUAAUCUCAGCACUCUACAGGUAAGGGCAAGACGAUCAGGGCCAGCUUGGACUACAUAGUGAAUUCUAGGUUCUCCUGGGCUCCCUAGGGAGAGUAACCUUGACAAGACUGUUUUUUCCUGGGCUUCAGUUUUCUUAUUUGUAAAAUGGGGAACGAUGCUUUCUGUGGCCUUCCUGCAAAGAUGCUGUGAGGCUAAGAGUAUUAAAAUGUUCCCACGCAUGGAGCACAACAGUGCUGUCCAGUGUCAUUAACUACCAGGUAACAUGAGCCGCAAACAGUAUUCUGCGAGCAAUACUCUGACUAGAGAGAGUCACAGCCCCUGUGAAGCCAAGUUUCCUAGGGCUCUGCUUGCUCAUUCAUCUUGGAUAAAUAUGGUGGUUUGUUCACGUGCCUUGAGAAGUUAAUCCAUCUCAGGACGGUGCUCUUCUCUUGGAGACUUCUUGAACUCCUCACUUCAGGGCCUGUUUCAUGGGUUGAGCUAGUGAUGCUGGCUAAGACAGACAGACAAGACUAGGCCCCUUGCUAGGGGUAAAAGCUGAGGACCUAGAGGCUGGUGUCAGUGGCGCACCUUUUGUUUAUUUACAGCUGCAGGGGAGGUUGUGGACAUGAGGCUUGACCAUAGUGAAUCCAGGACAAUAAUGGGGAAUGAAUGGAAUCUACCCACUAAGAUCGGGUCUUGGGCCCUGUGCACUUGAAGACUGCUUAGACCCAAGUACCCAGCCCGGUUAGUUUGCAUCUCUCACUUAAAAGCAGGGCCUCUUCCUGCCAUCCUCAAUGCUACAGGGGGUUUAGAAGAGGGCACAACCCUGAAGUUGACCUUGAUGGCUCCCUUGUUAUUCUCCCCUUCCACCACCGCUGCUCCAUCCAGAUGGCCUGCAGCAUCUGCUGUCUCUCCCACUCUUCUGUCACCAUCCCGGUCUUAGCCACUGUCCAGUACCAUCUGGAUAGUACUUCUGUUUCCAACUAUAUUGCUUCAAGUCACUUUUCUACAUAGUUUAGCCAGCUUUGGGAAAACGAAAAUGGUGUUUUGGAUCAUGCCAUUCCCCAAAGGCUUCCUUCCCUCUACUCUUGGAAUGAAACCCAAAACCCUCCUUGUGGUCUGCAUAGUGCUGUGAAAUUUAGCCACUCUUGUGAUCUUUCUUUGCAGUGGUCCAACCCAGCCCAUUCUUCCUGUUCUUUACUAACCCAGCAGUGGGCAGGCUCCAGGUGUGGGCUGCUCCCUCUUGUGUGCUGCAAGCAUUUUUCCUUUCUGUUGGCAGACUUGUCAAUGCGAUUCAGUCCUUGUAACUUUCACUCCAACAGUUGCCGCCUCGUCCACUCCCUCCGAAGUAGCCCUUUCCACCAGUCCUGUCCCGCCUGGUGCCCUGCUGCUUUUCCUUCUUUUGUAUGACUUGGUGCUUUCUGAAACCAUCUUGUCUGGCUCUGUGUUUACCUCAGUGUCAGUGAGAAGGGCAAGUCGAGUGGGGAGCAGCAGUGGGAAUUGGGCCGUUACCUGACUGUGAGAUGGGAGGAAAUGGUAGAGACUGCACUGGGCUGGUGGCCAUGUGUCCUAUGCACAGUGGGUGGGAGCAGCUACUUACUGUUAACAAUCCCGCAAAAGUUGCCAGUUUCAGAGAAGUUAGAUGUUGGCACUGUACUUUGCAAGGAGGCGCCAUUAUGAACUGCACCAAGCCCUGAUGCAGCUCAUUGGUCUCAUUGGCACUUAAGGAUUCGUCCUUGCUUUUCCUUUUGCAGUCCUGGGAAUGGAACCCAGGACCUUGUGCAGGGUAGACAAAUAGCUCUGCUGCUGAGCUAUGCCUCAACCCCUCCCUGGGAGGUGCUAGACAAAGGCUCUCUGCUCAGCCACAGCCAGAGCCCUCACUGGGCAAAAGCUUUGCCACUGAACCUCUAGCACCAGUUUGUGAAAUUGCUGAAGGAUGCGUUGGAACAGAAUCCUUGUUGGUCUGCCUUGGUCUGGGUCCCAAGUCAACUAGCUAGGACAAAGUAAGCUCUCAAUAAAUAUGGGACUCAGACUAGGAAUAAUGACAAAACUUUUGAAUUUUUCUGCACUCUGCUCUCUAUUGUAGAUUCAGGUUUCUGAUGAGAUCAGCCAUAUUGAGGGCCUUGUGGUCGGCCACACACGAAUUUGGGCUUCAGAAUACACAGCUCUGCCUCAGGCUUGUGUGUGCGUGUGGGGUCUGGCAGGCAUGUGCUCUGGUUGUCGGAGCAGCUGAGAACGCCUUCACUUGCUUCUGCACUGGUGUUUUGAGAAGGAACUGGUGUUGUGGCUGCACAGGAAAGGUAGUGAACCCAAGCAGGGGUGCUGAGCUGCUGGACUCAGAAGUCUGUUCCCAAAUCAGCCAAGCCACUGGCCUGGGCCUGGACUCGGGUAAGCACAGAGGCCAGAGUUUGUUCCCCAUCUGUAAAAUGGUAAUAAAUGUUGUUCAGUGACCUCA